AUGCAUACAGCAGUAUGGCGUGGCUCUGCAGCAUCUCUUCUCAUCUCAGCGGUGUGUUCUCCCUUCACUCCACAGCAACAACAGCAGCAGCGACGAUUUUAUACUCUAUUGGCCUCUCCAACGCCUAUACGGCGAUUCCAAAUCAGUGAUGAGCUUCCACUCUCCAUUCCGCAAUUACGUGAUCGACUGCGGCGACAAGAAAACGAUAACGCCCCUCGCAUGCAAACAAUAGACACAGAGGGACGGUUAAUUCUCACACUCGCCCGUAGUCCACGUACAGAGGAGCGGAUAGAGGCCCUCCAACGCGGUGAAUUACUAUGGAAAGAAUUACAAGAACCUUCCUCCCCUAUUCCCAUGACUUCACGUACAGGCAUUCGACUUUCUCUCUGUGCCUCACUGCGGCGAUGUGCAUUAAUGUCUAAAGAACGGGAUUUAGCAGAAAAGUGGACGGAACGAUUUGCACAGCGGCACAAUAUCACUCCAGAGGACUUUACAACAGGUCCUCAUCACACACCGGGUGAAGUACUCGGAUGGCGGAAAACACGAGAAAAGGCACGACCAGGUACAGGAAUUGAGGAUGAGGAUUUGGAGGCAGACGCGGAAGAAGAAGAAGAACGUGCAGAAAACGAAAAGGAACGAGAAAAGAAACAAAUGCAUAGAAACAAGGAAGAGAAACCAAUACAGAAGUUUCGACAGGAUGUUUUUAUGGAUCAUCCCAUGAUGCAACAAGCUUUUAAGCGGGGUGUAUAUGAACCGGGACCCAGAUAUACUGGAGACUAG